GUACCAAGUAAUGCUUUAGAAUGGGAACUCAUAUCCAAGGAUUUUGCUAUAAAAUGGCCAUUUCUAAACUGUCUGGGUGCUUUGGACGGAAAGCCCAUUAACUUUCGAGUCUCGCGUACGCAAGGUGCUUUCUAUCACAACUACAAGGGCACCAACAGCAUAAUUUUAUUGGCUCUUGUUGAUGCCGACUGCCGAUUUUUAUUUGUGGAUGUAGGAACAAAUGGACGUGCAAACGAUGCCGGUGUGCUACAACGAAGUCCACUCAAACAAAUUCUAAAAAACGAAGAAAGCUUGCCACGAGACUCCGCAGUGGGUAGAAGACGUAAUUUGCCGUACGUCGUCGUAGCGGAUGAUGCUUUCCCUCUACAGAGACACAUUAUGAAACCGUAUCCAUAUCAUACGAACAACAAAAAGAAGCAAAUAUAUAACUUACGUUUAUCACGAGCAAGACACGUCGUAGAGCAUGCUUUUGGCAUACUUUGUAAUAGAUUCCGUGUUUUUUUAACAACUAUGAACGUAAAGGUUGAGACAGUUGAAAAAAUCACUUUGGCGUGCAUCGUGCUUCACAAUUUUCUCUUGCAAGCUGACCAUAAUUACAUAAAUUUCUAUACUUCGAAUAGCAGUACUACGCUGAGUGCUGCUUCAGAUGGGCCAUAUAAUCCACGUAAAGGAGAAGCUGAACGCAUUAGACAGGAGUUUACUGAAUAUUUCUGCGAAGAAGGCAAAUUAGAGUGGGUUAAUCAGAAGUUGAAUUAA